AUGCGAGGAGGAUGCAGAGGCUGCAUCAAAACCGCCUGCAAACCAGUGGAAGCUUUGUCAAAAUCAAUUCCUAAUAAGGAGGAUGUUUCAUCAAAAUCAGUUGUUAAGAAGGUGGGAACUUUGUCAAAAUCAACUCCAAAGAAGCUGGAAGCUUCACCAAAGUCACCCACCAAGAAGGUGGAAACUUCACCGAAGUCAACUGCUAUGGUGGAAGGUUUAUCAAAGUCAACUGCUCAGAAGGUGGAAUCUUCAUCAAAAUCAUCUACUAAGAAGCUAGAACCUCCAUCAAAAUCAGCUGCUAGGAAAAAAAUAACCACUAAGAAGAUGGAAGCUUCACCAAAAUCAACCGCUAAAAACGUGGAAACUUCACCAAAAUCAGCUGAUAAGAAGGUGGUAAUGUCUAGGAAAUCAACUGCUGAGGUGGUAACAUCAUCAAAAUCAACUGCUAAGGUGGGAAUUACAUCAAAAUCAGUUGUCAAGAAGGUUAUAACUUCACCAAAGUCAACUGUUAAAAAUGUUGAAGCUUCAAAUUCUAUGGUACGAACUUCAUCAAAACCAACUCCUUUAAAUGCCAAAAAAAUGAAAUCAUCUGAAAAGCACGUGGCUCCUUUGAAGUCAAACUCUAUCACAGUGUGUUCCGUAUCUUCUAUGAAUGCUUCAGGAGGUUCUAAUGGCGAAAGCAAUAGUAAGCUAAAGAUGGAAAAACGGGCUGCCUCCUUGAAAGUAGCUGCAAGAAAAUUGAUGACUCCUUUGAGAGCUCCAUUGCCCUCCAAAUCCUCUCUCAGUAAUAAUGGAGUCGUAAGCAUUAAUGCUAGAGAGCACAAGAACCUGAAAAUUGCAUCUCAUUCAAAGAAUCAAUUGAAGACCAGAAAAUUUGAACAUAAGAAACCUGGCAAUGAUGCAGUUGUGGAAAAGACUUUGUAUGUCAUCAAGAUGGAAAGUGGAAACAAAAGUUUGCAGACUGAUCGAGAUACAGGUAAUAAUGUUGCAUUUUCCCCUCACUCAUCAUCACCCCCAAAGUUUUCAUCCUCAUCCCAAGAAAGUAAAGAGGAAUCCGAAUAUACAACCAGUGAAGGCAAGGAGGAUUCUUUUUCAGUAAACCCUGAAGGUGAACUCAUGAAAAGCGGAGAGGCUUUGGAAGUGAAGGAUAUAGGCCAGCCCCGAAUGGUUAGGAUCGUAUCUUCUGAAGAAAAGGCUAGCCAGAUAUCAGCAUUAACUUUUAGAAGGGGAAAAUUGGUUGAACUUCAAUCUGAGAUAACUUCUCCUAGGAGGCUUAAAUUUCGAAGGGCAACAGGAUCUGGGGAUAACGCAAUGGUCAAGGCUGAAAGCCUAAGAAGUUUUAAAAGAAGAUAUGAGAGUGGUAUCGACAGGAUGGGCACUCCAACUGGUCCAGAGAAGGUUGUUUUGAGACGUCAAGGUACACAAGGCAAGCGAGAUGGGCACGGAUUGUUCAAUAAUGUAAUUGAAGAGACGGCAAAUAAGCUGGCAGAAAUUCGGAAGAGCAAGGUUAAGGCGUUGGUUGGUGCCUUUGAAUCUAUAAUCUCUCUCCAAGAGAGAAAACCCGCUGUAAAAACAAUCAGUUGA